AUGUUUAUCCUCAUCUUCUUCAAACGUGAAGGGCCAUGUGUUCCAGUGCUUGUGAGUGUGAGCUACAUACCACCUGUUGCUCUGCUCCUGUGGGACACGACCCGAGGUGCUGACAGGUACACUGCUCAGGCUGUGUCACAGCAGGGCUUCCAGACAUCCUGCUCAUCCCAUGACACCUCGUGCGGGCUCAACAGUCUGAACUGCAGCCAGAUCUACAACAUCACUCUGACUGCCUACAGCGAUAUGUACCAGGAUGGGGUCGAGUCCAACGUACUUACACUCAACACAGAGCCGUGUCCUCCUAACCUCCUGACAACCCGAGCAGCGAGUGACCUUGGAGAGGUGACAUGGGAGCCAAGUGUCGGGGCUGUGAGAUACAUAGUUGUGUUUGAGGGACAGCAUGGGGACACCCUUUACUGCCAGACCACAGAGACAUCAUGCCGUGUGCCAAGAUUGCUGUGUGGGACAGCUUAUGUUAUCUAUGCCAUAGCCAUCGGCACCAACUUCAACAGCUCAAGCAGUGUAGGGGCCCGGCUCCUUACAGUCCCCUGCCUGCCGGACCCUAUCAGCUUUAACGUUGCAGUACAGUGUGCAAAUGAUUCAGCAUCCUUCAGCUGGGCCUGGAGUGAAGGAGCGAUGUCCUAUGAAGUCACUGCUACUAGCAAUAACGGGGACCAAUUGAAAUGUGUCACAAUGCAGAACGAGUGUAACAUUACAUACCUAGAGUGUGGACAGAUGUACAAUCUCAGUCUAACAGCCUUCAACAGUGUGGGUGCCGUUAGCUUAGAAACCGGCAUCACCUUCCAAAGCCGACCCUGUGUGCCCCAGUAUGUGGCAGCAAACCUGCAGUGUGGCACUCGAACAGCUGUGCUGACCUGGGAACAGAGGCCAGAAGUCAUGUACUACCUGGGCAGUGCCACUUUCAGUCCUGAAGUAGCUGCUGUAGUGUGUAACUCGAGUGCAGACAGCUGCAGCUUCAGUGAGCUGCAGUGUGGAGUGCAGUACGCCCUGAGUGUUAGAGCUUAUACCAGUCAGUGCUGGAGUGAUUUCAGCGCACCUGUCAACAUCACUACAGAACCCUGCCAGCCACAGAACCUCACCCUGACUGGUUCAUGCACCACCAAUACACUCCAGCUGAACUGGUCCAAUGCUACUGGUGCACUCCUUUACACCAUCUCGGUCAUGGGAAACCUGCACUACAUCGGAUCCUACCAGAGUCCCGUGUCCCAUAUGCAAGUGGAGGUUCCCUGUGGCCAGAGCUACAAUUUCAGUGUGUUGGGGCAGAACGAUCAGUGUCGCAGUCUCGCAAGCUUCAGUGACAAGUUUUCAACUGCCCCAUGUGUGCCGAUUGGUGUGCAGACCUUCAUUCAGUGCCAGGACAGCCUCGCCUCUGUCAGCUGGGACAGCAGUGAUGGUGCAGUAAAUUAUACUGUGGUUGCUCAGGGACAGACAUUAGGCCACACCCACAGGUACACCACCAAUUCAACAACAUAUACCUGGAGUGAUCUGUUGUGUGGAGAGACCUAUAUGGUCUGGGUCAUUGCCAGUGACCUGCAGUGCAGCAGCACCCCUAGUAACAGCACCACCAUCCGUAUGGCUCCAUGUAUACCCCAGAAUUUAAGCGCCACUAUGGACUGUGGCCUGAGGGUUGUGUCUUUGACCUGGGAGUCCAGCCGGGCCGCUCAGACAUAUGUACUGACUGCCGAAAACUACACCGGCCUUCAGGUGGGGCUAACCACCAACACCACCAGCGCUCAGAUCUCAGAGCUCGAGUGCGGACAGCAGUACUAUUUCAAGGUGUCAAGUGUGGGGCAAGGGUGCAUGAGCAACCCGAGUAACACCUCCAUCCUGCAGACAGAUCCAUGUCCCCCAACUGCUAUCUCUACUUCUGUGGACUGUCUUAACAACAUCGCUACAGUGACCUGGAGCAUAUCAGACACUGCUGAUCACUAUAUGACCAAUGCAGUGGGCCCGCAUGGCAGGUUCAAAACCCAGUGA